UAUAUAGGCCCUAUACCCCUAUAGUACUGCAUAUUAACUGCCAGCAACACUGGGAAGGUACUCUGCAUCUGACAUGAACGUGACAUCACCGUCCCGAGAGCCACCUAGUAAAAAGCUGCGUCAGACAACCAUCAAAGAGGCUUUUCGGUUCACGCUCAGCCGUCAGCAAGGCAAGAGUAGCUGCAGUGGUCAUCCUGAAUCUGAACCCGAAAAUAUCAGAAAAGCUCACGGCUGUGACCCUGAAGCAGACACAAGGUUUGAGUUCCGAGCUGCAGCAUUACCUGAAAGAAGCGACUACAACCAAACAAAUACCUGCAGUGGUGACGGAUAUUCCCGAGACUUUCGCCACACCACAACAAAAUAUGGCGACAAACAGAUUAGAUACAAAGGAGACCUGAUGAAGAGAAGGAUUCAAUGACUAAGUCAGGGUCGUCACCUACACAUGCGCCUUCUGGUGGUUCUCAACAAGAUGGCAGUCAAGCUCCAAGGGAUGGCAGUAUCUUACCAAUAAGGGAGGAGGAGGCAGGAGUGAAGACAGAGGAGUGCAGAGGGGUGGCACUAUCUGAGCUGAACCAUGCCCCCACAUGCAGUGCUCCACUAUCCAAAUUGGAAGCCUCCAGGGAUCACUCUCUUCUGAUUAGGCCACCAGUCAUAGCAGGGAUAAUUCCCUGCCCGCACCCGGAUAAGUAUCAUGAUGCGUGGGAUGAAAAUCACGUUCGAAUGCCCUGUUCUUCCAACAAUCUCUACCCUAAAACAUCGCCGCAGCAGAGAGGUAAGACUUUACAGAUGCGAUGGGAGCUGAUUGAAACUGUGCUGUUGGGAAAUAUGCAAUCUUCCCUCGAUUUAGAGGAGGCGAUACUGGUGUAUAACGCACGCUAUGCUGCACGCUGGACGUUCGGCAGCCUGCAUGAGCUCUUCACAGACCGGCUGAGUCGUCGCGAGGCAGACGACAUCUUGCGCUACACGCUGCCCAAGAUGGCCGAACUCGCGCUACAGCUGCCUUUCGUCGUGACCAGGCCGAUACGACUGCUGAAGCAUGGCUGCACACACAGCUUGACGUUCAGUCAGCACCAGGUGGCGUGCCUGCUUGCCAACGCCUUCUUCUGCACGUUCCCACGUCGCAACUCCACGAGCAAACAGUGCGAGUAUCAGAACUUCCCGACGAUAAACUUCAGCGCCCUCUAUUCGGGUAGUGGGCACGGCGGCGGCAGCGGCGGCGGCGGCGGCGGCCGUAAGCUGGAGAAGCUGAAGACCCUGCUGCAUUACUUCCGCAGGGUGACGCGAAAGAUGCCGACAGGAACGGUUACGUACAGGCGGCAGCACCUGUCUAACCUACCUGACUGGGAGGGUAGCACCCACCAGUUACCCAGGCUACAUCUGUCAGCUACAGGCAAGAUAGAAGAUGAGGGACAGGGAAUGCUACAGGUGGACUUUGCUAACAGGUGGGUAGCGGUGGCGCCCUCGCGCGGACUCGUUCAGGAGGAGAUUCGCUUCAUGAUUUGUCCGGAGAUGAUCAUCGCACGGCUGUUCACCGAGGUGCUGCAACCCGACGAAUGCCUCGUCAUGACCGGGUGUGAGCGAUUCAGUAGCUACUCGGAUAAUGGAGGAUGACUACAAUUGGACAGGGGACUACGUCGAUACCUCCCCUAGGUAUGU